CCGAGUGGAUCGAUCGAAAUGGCAGAGCAGAGACAUGCGGGUGAUGGAUCACAGAGAGAAUAUUCAGAUGUCUGUACAGCUGCACAGAAUUUAAUAGGUCUUCUGACCCAAAGCCUUGGUCAGAUUCAGUCAGCUCAGGGUCAGCAGCAGCAGCCACAACAACGACAGCAGCCUCCUGCUAUUUCUCAGCCUCGAAUAGAGCAGGAUAUGGCCAGAUCUUUUCCUGGGAUGUUUAAAAAAUCAAAGAAGAAAACUCCAAAUCCACAAAUACAUGUGAAAGCCACACCUUGGAAACCAUUUGCUGUUUCCAUAUAUUUAAUGAGCAGCAACACUGACACCUCACCCACACCUUCUGAAGAGCUUGAACUACUCCAGGCCGGACUAGGAAAACGGGUGAUUACAAUUUCAUCCAAUGUGAACCAUUCGGAUUUAUGCAAGCUCCUUGAAGCUGAAUUUCCAAAGAUGAAGUCACUUACUGGAGGGUGGUUACUUUAUAAGGCACCAGGUGGGAAUGGAAGAAGAAAGCUUACUGUUGUCCCUCCAGACUCAGAGGGUUAUACAGGCAGCCUUCUCAAAAUGGCUACCACCGCUGGAAGAACAGCACUGUAUAUGGUCCCUCUUCAAGAUGAGUUAUGUCUUGAUCCACUGCCAUUCUCAGCAGAAGAGUUUGCGAAGAUGCCAAAGGUUGAGUGUCGUACUUGUAAAACCACAAUGCCACUACCAGUUUUGUACUUGCAUGUUAAAUCUUGUGGUGGCUGCACACAGUCAGCUAAUGAUGAGACUACUGAAGAUGAUGAUGAUGAUGUAAAAGUAGUUGGUGAGAUUACCAGAGCAGUUACCCCUACAGCCCCAGCUUCUACACCUACACCCACCACUUCAAUACAAACUUGUUCUCCUACACCCACCACAAGUUUUGAGGAUGAGGGACAGUGUCCCAUUUGUUUAGACACAUUUUCACAGACAGAGUUGCCCAUGCAUGCAAGUGUUUGUGGAGAUAGUAUAUUACAGACACUGGAUUAUGAGAGCAGUCCUCCGUGUGGCACACCAGUACAGCAACACCAAGGCCCAGACAUGAAAUGUCCAGAUGAUGUAUUGCGUUUGUUGGCAAGAAGGGUAGAUGACAGCAAGGAUUUCAAGAUCUGUGUUUCUCGAACUGACUUCUAUCAAAGAGCUAUGGUGCAGUGGCAAAGACAAAAGAGAGGAACCCCGGGCAAUACUUUGCGUGUAACAUUUUUGGGGGAAGCAGGUGUUGACACAGGUGCCAUUCGUAAGGAAUUUCUUUCAGGCAAGUUAGGUGAGAUUGAGAAACACCUCUUUGAGCAUAGAGGACACCAGAGAGGGAAGAGCCCCAUCUACUCCCUAAGUAAUCUGGAGAAUGGAUUUUUUAAGACUGCUGGAGAAGUGUUUUCGGUUAGUCUCGCUCAGGGUGGGCCUGCCCCCCGUUUCUUGAGGCCGUGGUGCUUUGAUUAUCUCUCAUCUGGAGACUUGGAUGAAUCAACUCUCACUAUAGAUGAUGUGGAUGAUGCUGAACUUUAUCAUUUGAUUAAAAAGGUGGAGGAAGAAGAAACCGAUCUCUCUGCAUGGAAUGAUCAAAUAAUUAACUGUGGUUUUACUGGGGCCAUUAAACCUGAGAACAAAGAGGCCAUAAUAAGAUCAAUUGUGCUGCAUGCAACUCUACGUUUGUUCCCUUUGUUGAAGCAAAUCCGAAAAGGUCUUGAAGUCUACAAUUUCGUGGACAUCCUGGAAAACCAUUCAGGACUUUGCCACCAGUUCUUUGUCCCUGAUGUGGAUGAUGAUGAUAAGGCUGAUACAGACUUCAUCAUGCAGAACAUUCUUCCGAAAAUGUCGGAGAAGGGAUCAGUACGAGAGACUUAUGAAACAGCUAUAAUCAACUUUCUGCAAGACUUUCUCCAAGAAAUUGAAAGCUGACAGUUGAUUUAGUAUAAAUAUUGUUAAAAAAAACUGCAGAUUACACAAAUUAAUGUUAAAAUGUAAUUGAUCUAAUUCAGACAAUACCAACCCUAGAGAUAACAAGUUCUUUUGCUUGUAGAGGAUAACCCUGACGGAGACAUCCUGCCCUUAACUGUCCCCGGUGUUAUGCAAUGGCUCACUGGCCAGGGACACAAACCUCUUCUAAUGUCAGAACUUAAAGAAUUCAAAAUUUCUCUUCAUUUUGACCAUGAGUGUAUGCAGAGGAUGCCAGAACAUAAAAUAUGCUUCCCAGUUGUAAGUGCCUGUGCCAGAAAAAUUACAUUUCCCACAGUACACAUGGGUGACUACAGUUCUUUUAAAUCAGUCAUGUUGCAAGCCAUUCAGUUUGACGACGGUUUUAACAGAAUUUAAAAUGCUGCUUAAUGUAUGGAAUUGUACAUUUUCAGGAAAAAAACCUUUUAUACAUUGGUAAAUGUUCUUAUGGUUUUGAAAUUUACUGUGUAUGUGUAGAGAACACAACGUGUUACAUAUUGUAAAAUUUUAUAUCUUAAUGCAUGUGUUAAGAGAACACAAGUUGUUAUACAAGUCUUUUUCUGCUUUAAAUAUAGCCAAUACAAAAAAUAAAACAAGCAUGCAAUGUCAA